AUGUCUUUAAUAAAUGUCCAUCCUCCUAAAACGUAUUUCGGUGCGGGAGACAUUCAAAAGUCAUUGGGUUCUCUUCCUGGAUUCCCAUGGGCAAAAUAUCCCGGAGAAAAACAUCUCCCAGGGCACAAUUAUACAGGUCCAGGCACUAGGUUAGAUCUGCGUUUAGACGAAAAUGAUAAUCCCAAACACGACAUACUGUACAGAAAUAAAGACGUAACAUUCAAACACCAAGCAGACAAACAAAUGAUAGACGAACUCGAAAAUAUUCCCAAUCCCACUUUCAAAGAGAAAUUACAGAGGGCUCUUAUCAUAAAACUCUUGAAGGCAAAAUUGAAAUUGGGUAUGGGCAUAGCAGACGAGAUUCACAAAGAAUUUCGAAAAAACAACGCUUUCCAGAAAAGAUCGCCGAACCUUGGUGUUUGUUUUGAACAUGGCGACAAUGGCGACAAUUACAUGAUGUCUGGUAGAAAGGUUACAUCGGCUAUUGGACUAACGAGAUAUUCAUCGUUGAUUAAGGAAACAACACAUCACCCCCCACGUAUGAAUUGA